AUGAGGGUUGGCAUUGAGCUUGUUUCGUGGCUGUCCCUGGGCGUUGGUGCCCUGGGAGCAGCGCAAAGCAAUGUCCCGUGGCCAGCAAUUCCUAAGCCUCAAAAAGCUACUUCUACCACGACUGCAGUGACCGUUUAUCCUAGUUCCAUUAAGAAGGGAUUGAGCAGUGAAUUUGCCAAUGAUAGUGCGGAGAAUGCAUUGGUAUUCCAGAGUGUUGGUGAAAUCUAUACCUUGGACUAUGGUAGUGAUGUGGCCGGAAAGCCAAUUUUCCAUGUUCAAGUUGCAGAAGGCAAUCCUCAGAUUGAGGUUAAAUACACCGAAGCUUACCCGGGUCUUUUGAAAGCUGAAGGCGACGGUCCAUUUGCGUUUGCCAACGCAUUGGCUGCUACUUUCCGAGUCGAGACAUUCAAUAUUACCAAGACUGGAGAUCUAUCAGGUUACUUUAUUCAAGGAUCCCAGCGGUGGCAGUCGAUCAAGUUGAUUAGCGGAAAGAAGUUAGUAAUCCAACGCGCUGGAUUUGUUUCCUCCGUUGACCAGAGCCCGCUGAGCUCUAUGCCUGGAUACUUCGCCUCAAGCAAUUCGACUUAUACUGAUAUCUGGGCACUCGGCCCACGGACCCAGCAACUGGUUUGCUACCCACCCAAUUCACAAACUUCUACUUGGGAGAUCACUUCGAAUGGCGCCUAUAUCCGUGGACAGAAGCCUGCUACCACGGCUCGCGUCGUCAAUCUGAGCAACUAUACGCUGUCAUUUGAGACGAUGAUCGAUCAUGGCGGUACUGGCUGGCGUGUUGAUACAGAGAUUGAUGCUAUCCAAGCUACUGGGCCUAUCUUCGUGCUCACUAGUGAAUACCCAACGGGCUCAUUUGCAAACAUCGACAAAUCCCUCCUCCCACCGAAUACCCUGGUUCUCGGCCGUGGCUGGUCUCUACAAAACCAAACCAGUCUGCCUGGUUAUGUCCUGGACAAAUUUCCUCUCACUUUCAACGUGACCGAGAAAACUUGGCACACGAUUCGCACCGUGUCCCCCGGUGACGACACUUACACGGUCUAUCUGGAUGAUCAGCGCAUUGCCCACUUCAACAUUAGCGCCUACGGUAUUGCCGACCCGAACCCUUACAUCCCCGGUGGUGUAUACAAGAGUUUCGCCUUUGGCCCCUGGCAAGAUCAGGCUGCCUACGUGUGCAACGUAAACGUCACUCUCAGUAAUGGGGAAAAUGUCUACAGCAACCCGAUGACUUCGCCCGAUGUCCUCACUGAGUACGGCGUCCAAACUAAUGCCCAAUACACCUGCUCCGACUCCGGCAAGCGUGAUCGUUUCUCCUGGCUGGGUGAUCGACUCAUCUCUGCUCGCACUGUCAUGGUUGGUUCGCAACAGGGUGAAUUCGUCUGGGGACCCGCCGAGGAAGCGUUCUCUCGACAGGUUGGCUCGGGUCAAAUCCCAAUUAACACGCUUUUCAGCCCCUUGGAUGCGGAGGGGGCUUUGAUUCGGACGACGAAUGUUGAUCCGUUGAUUGUGGAUUAUGAUUUCGAUUUUAUGCAGGUUAUUUAUGAUUAUUGGACUCGUUCCGGUAAUGGUACUUUCCUGGAGAAGGUUUGGCCGAGGAUGGUCAUGGCUACGAGCUAUGCCCUGUCGAGGUCUUUGGACCAGAAGACCCAGUUAUAUGGCGCUCCUUAUGGAAGUACUGGAACACGUAUGUCGGGUGAAAAGGGACAGGCUCUUGGACCGGCGAACACUGUCUCGAUGAUUAUUGGUCUGGAGCGUAUGUCUGAGAUGGCACGCUUCAUCGGUGAUGAUGGUGCUGCUGACUUCUACCAAGUGCAAGCACAGCUGUCACGAACUGCUAUUGAUACUUUGCUUUGGAAUGAGACUGCCGGAUACUAUGCCGCGACCCUGGGUGGGACUGGAUCUGACCUUAUGGAUAUCGCACAGGUUCUUCUCGCUGGAAUCGGCAGUGAGCAGCGCCAGGAGAGCUUUGUGGAGAAACUGUCCGCUCUGCGUGUCACAGCGGGUUAUAUCAAUGGUACCCGAUUCCUUGAUACCCCCGGCGUUGUGGAUCCCUAUUAUGAGAGCUUCUUGCUCGAGGGUCUCGCUUCGACGAAGCGCACCAAGUUGGCACAGGACUUGUUGGAUGCUACUUGGGCGCCGAUGGUGAAUCGCGAUCGCAACUACACAGGUGGAUACUGGGAGUACAUCAGCACCGACGGUACAUACCCCGGUCUCGACCUCUUCACCGGUAUGAGCCAUUUCUGGGGCAGUUAUCCCACCGUCUUCCUCAGCGAGUACGCGCUAGGCGUUCGACCCACAAAACCCGGCUACAACACCUUCCUCUUCGCUCCCCUGCCGGGUUUCAAGACAAAAUGGGUGCACGGCCGAGUCCCGACUCCUUCGGGCAUCAUCUACGCUGCGUGGGGAUACAACAAGCAAGGCAAAAUCGUGAUGGAAAUCACGGCACCGUCUGGACUCAGAGGAACACUCGUUCCUCCAUUUACGGGUAGUUACUCAGUUGGAAGUCAGAAGGGACAGUUGGGUAAUUAUACUAUUACCGGGGGUGCGACGGUCCUUAUUGUGCAGGAAUAG